CUUGGUAUCCCUGACGGGGUGAGGUCAGAUGCCUGCUUGGAUAUUGAAUCUACUCUCUCUGCUGCAAUUAUGUCCAUUUUCGCUGCAGGAUCUAAGCGCUAGUGACAUCGAAUUUUGGAACAUAAUCGCAAGGAACAACAUAGACAGAAAGCUGAGGGAGAACCCGCAUUUGUUAGAAGUCAAGAGACCGAAGAAUAUUAUAUUGUUCAUCGGAGACGGUAUGGGCAUUGCUACGGUAACUAGUGCGAGAAUCAACAAGAACCAGGAGGCUGGCAAUAAAUAUUUGAAUGAGCCACUGUACUUCGAGAAAUUUACCACAGCAGGAUUGGUGAAGACAAGCUCGUUCAGCAAUCAUGUCACAGACUCAGCCGCUUCGGCUACUGCGUUGUAUACAGGUAGAAAGAUAGACAAUACCUUUCUCAACUUGAAACCGCAGUCGAAUGUGAUGUGCACUGACCAGGAAAAUCUCAAAAUCAAGGAUGGUAUAGUGGAAGGAGCUUUGCGGAAGGGAGUAGAUGUCGGAUUUGUGACCACGACAAGAAUAACACACGCUACUCCAGGUGCUCUUUAUGCAAAGGGAAUUCAUAGAAAUAUCGAGUAUGAUGGUGAAGCUAUCGAGCGCGGUGUUCCAAACUGCACCGACAUUGCUAAGCAGCUUCUUUCCUAUCCUGCGAAUGAAUUCAAAGUGCUGAUGGGUGGUGGAAGAAGGAAUCUCAGAGAUAAAUCACGAGGUGGCUUGCGCAAGGAUGGUAGGAGCAUAGAUAUUGAAUGGAGCAACCUAGGUGGUAAUAGGAAAGUGUUAACCAGUACUGCUGGUUUGCGAGCCCAUGAAGCAAACGGCGAAAAACUGCUAGGUCUCUUCGCCGAAUCACAUUUUCCCUUUUUUCUUGAGGAGAAACUAAAGAAUGAAACAAGAGUGCCUCGUCUUUCGGAAAUGACUGUGAAAGCUAUCCAACAACUGCAAGGGGGCGAACACGGUUUUUUCCUGAUGGUAGAAGGCGGCAAUAUCGACACUGCGGAGCAUAAUAAUCAAAUGCAUCUUGCAUUUGGCGAGUUAUAUGAAUUUGAAGAGGCAAUAAAAAAGGCACGAGAAAUGACAAACCGAUCAGAGACGUUGAUUAUUGUCACCGCUGAUCACGGUCAUGCGGUCACACUACCUGGUUACUUACCUGCCAACAAGACCAUUUUGAGCAGUCAGGUGGUUACAAGCGAAGACUUUGACAAGAAAAGCACUGAAGGGAAGGAAAAGACAAAAGCAAAGACUACUUUCUACGAAGUGCCAGGAAUUUUCUUUGCUACUGGGCCUGGAUUUCGAGGUGGAUUUGAAGUAGAAAGCAUGAACUUAGAUGAGGAGAAAAGAGCACAUCCACUGUAUAGAUUACCCACAGCAAUACCAAUGCAAUACGGUGUUCAUGGCGGGGAAGAUGUGGGAAUAUGGGCGGAUGGUCCGUUUGCACAAUUAUUCACUUCUACCUUGGAAAAUACUGAAGUAGCUUACAUAAUAAAAUUCUUAUUAUGUACGAGCACAACAGAUUAUACGUUUUGUGAUAUUCCCAAACUCAGUGAAACACCGCAGCCUUCAGUUUUUGUCAAAAACAUUGUCGAGACUGUCGGCGAGGAAAACCUGGUUACUUUGGGUAUCUGCUUGCUAGGAGUGGCUAUUCUGUCACUUAUGACGACGGUGACUCUCUCUGUGAUGCUGAUCCUUCAAAGACGCAGAUGCAAUUCUUUAUUGCAUAUACCAGGCUGUACCAGUGAGACAACACUUGUGAAGACUUCUAUUUAGUCGUAUUUAUGAAUGUUGCCUUAAUUAAUUCUUCAGUCUCAGGAGAGCGUAGUUUGUACAUUUGAAAGUAUAUAAUGAAGAUUUAAUGAGAG